AUGACAUCAUUNNNAUCAUUUUAUCGAAGGCGUUAUCUGGUAAAACAACCGGUGAAUGUAGACCUCGAUUAUCUUGCCGUGGAAGUUUUCUUUCCUAACUCCUUUCCUUUCUGUACCUCUUCAUACCCGGUGAAAUCAAUCGAAGGCCUUCGGUCACUUUUUCGACAUGUUUCUAGUUCGAAACAACAGACCCGGGGCGAUCCGCGUUCGGAAAGGGUUACGGUUGCGACCAGCUCACCACCACCAUCAACAACCCGACUCAGUCAGACAUCACCGAGUCCCACUAUCACGACCAACAGCAAUCCUUCACCUUCCGUUGUUGCGCGGAAACAUCAUUUCGUUCGCGGCCCACCAAAUAGCGAGUUACACUCAGCAGUCCGUGUAGAGGCCGGUGGCGAGUCACAAGCAUCCACAAGCACCACUCGAUCAACUCGAAGUAGUAGUCUGUCGGAUCGGGAUAUCAAAGUCACUCUCGCGCAGGAUGUACAUUCGACCGAGCCACCUGGAUCACUGGACGGUCGAGCGUCGUUUACCUCACCUUUCUCUGAUCGUGGUUCUUUGAUGGUCGUCGAGUCUAGGAGACGACAUCAAGAGUUUUCUUCUCCCACUCAGGGUGAAGGAGAUUCCAUAUCUUAUACAGACCGGUUCGAUCAACCGAUUGCAGCCGGCACUCCCGGAGCUGUAACAAGCUCGGUAACGAUCGUGAGAAAUUCCGCAAACACUUCACGUUCGAGCACGCAGUCCAGUCGCUCCUUGAGCCCGACAAUAAAACGGGCUGCACAGGGUCUCACAUCGCCACCACCCAAGCUGCAUACCACCAAUGAGUCUAGCUCGUUCACACCGCUUGUGCAUUCCAUUCGCACCGGUUUGCUCGAUCAGUUCGCGUGCACCGAAAAUACGGACCGGCCACAAGAAACGUCAACGGCACAGCACCCACAUGACGGGGAAGGUGAAGUAGAUGAUGGCGUGGACCAGAUGGAUAGUUUGAAUGUGAGCCAAGUGGAGUCGGACACGGAAGCUGUGGAUACAACAAUGACCCAGGUCAAACUGGCUCAGUUGCGUCACGAUGUACAGCAACUGGAAUCAGCCUUGCGUAAGAAUAUUACUUCACAAAAAGAACUGGAAGACUGGCUGUUCGAGCAAAUGGGUGUGAUCGGUCUGAGCGAAAACGGUGUUUCUGCGGAAACCCAAAUAACCGGGGAUUCCGAUACUACCAUUAAACGCAAAUAUGAAGAACACGCGCGGUUGCUGAUGCAGCAAACAAAGGCGUUAAGAGAUCAGCUACAAGCGACACGAUAUGUCAUCGCACAGUUAGAGUUACAGGGAAUUCCGGUUGGAAUUUCCCCGAAAUUGUACGUCCGUCAGCUGUUGAAAGGUCGCAAUCGGGGUUCUUCUGGGCAGCCUCCCAUGAAACCGGAGCCGAUUCCUGCUACUCUAGUCAACGAGACCAGUGCAUACGGAGAACCUACUGAACCUGCCUCUUUACCCUUCCCCACUCGAUUUGAGCGAUCUGCUCCAGCACGUUCAGCUAGCACAUUGCCGCCCACUGUGCCACAGCGUUCUUCUCCACCCCAUACCAGACAAUCGAAAACGCUGCCUGCCGGAACCGAUUAUCUCCCGGCGCCUAUCCCCAAACGCCCAUCGAAUGCGUCGUUCAAGGCAUUACCCAUCCCUGAAGGAAGCCAACCGUGGAACGAUUUGAAAACCGUGGUUUCAUCUGCGUCGCUGUUAGCCCAAGCCCUUGACCCGAAUAGUCAAGUGAUCAGUAUCCCUCCAAACACAAUUCACACGGGUUCACCACACACGUCCAUCGUCUCCUACCCCACAUCUCCGGAAGCUGUGAUUGAAGAUUCAGUGGACCGUGGGCCGAGACAGACCGCGCGCAUUUAUCAGACAAGCGCCACAGGCAAACACCAACCUACACAUUCAACUAACGUGCUGCACACAGUUCGUCAAGGUCUCGAACACUUUGGUCGUCGUUUAACCGGCCGUACUCGGUCUGCAAGUGCGGAAAAUCUGUUUGGUGGUCAUCUACAGGAUUAUCAAAGCCCGAUGCUCAACGAAAAGGAUAAGAAAUCACGAGUCUGGGGUCGUUCCGGAUGGCCGAGCUCACGACGACGGUCCAUAGUUGAACGUUUCCAGCGUAAUCGUUUCAUGUCCUUGGCUCUGACUCGCACAGCUAGUAAUCCAGAUGAUCUCUUGCCCAAAAAGUCUUCAAAAGGUGCGACAACGGCUGUUAAUCCACCAUUAGAUCACACGGUUUUGCAAUCGCCUGAACGCAGUGUUACCAUGGAUGCACGAAUACCGUCAAAAAACCGUAGUCAAACAGAAUCUGUAUCGUCUGCAGGUGGUUUGGUUAUGGGUGGAACUGGUGGACAUUUGACUGUACCUGUCACAAAUGGAGUUAGUGGUAGUGUGUCCGCCGGUCUGACUGGACUAGCUCCGUUCAAAGCACACACUGAAUCCGAAUUGAACACAAACGAUGGGAUCGCCAAUCUGCUCUCAGAGGAGGCAAACGAGUGUACACUGACUCGUAUCCUGGAAAUACUGGGCUCCACAUCAGCCCUAAUGGUUCCCACCUCGCACGCUACCAACGAUCAUCCGGUUGGGCGUGUUGGCUCAUCCGGGUCCUCUAUCUCUGUUUCCGCUAUCCCAUCCAAUUUGGCGAAAAAUGCAAACGCAGCCCCGGACGGAAACUGUUUGUCUGUUUCGCAACAACAAAUUGCUCCGCAUCUGCUGCUCACCGCAUCCUCAUCUGCUAAUCAGGGUCCUGGAGCGACGAGCGCGACCACGACUAGUUCCACGUAUAAAGUAGCGCUUGCGUUUACUGUGUUCUACCGACUUCACAAUGCUCAGUUAGCUGCACUCAAAGUUCAACAGGCGAAUGCGUUUCAGGACUUGCGGGAGGAAUUAAAUUCGAUGAGACGGGAAAAUUUGGAUUUACAAAAUGCUAUCAACAAUUUGACUGCCGAGUUGGGCGCGAUUCGGAUGAGUAUAAUCGAGAAGCCGUCGGAACACGGUGUGUCCAGUAGUGCGAACAACUCCGAAUUGGCCCGAAUUCGACACAAAGUGCUGCACUAUCUGACCGAUUUGUGCGUCUCCCUGUUCGCUUUACUGACCAUGCUGCUCCAGGUCAUCAUUCGGUGUUUAAAUAUGGGCGCAAUGGUCACCGAGAAUCGAUCAUCCCCAUCAAUUGUCUUGAGUGCUGCUAUUGAACAGCGCUUUGCGAUGCCUCCCCAACCAUCAAACAUUGAUUUGUUUCUCCACACUCCAUGUCGUCCUUCCCCCAGGGGUCGUUGUGAGAUUCGCGGAUACUUCGUUCCCCAACCCUCCGAACGUUGA